UGUCCAGGCUAUGUGCAGGCUUGCCGAGCCCUGAUGAUCGCAGCUUCAGUCCUGGGUCUGCCGGCCAUUCUCCUGCUGCUGACGGUUCUCCCCUGCAUCCGAAUGGGCCAUGAGCCUGGUGUGGCCAAGUACAGGCGAGCCCAGCUGGCUGGCGUUAUGCUCAUUCUGCUAGCUCUCUGUGCCAUGGUUGCCACCAUCUGGUUUCCUGUGUGCGCCCACCGCGAGACCACCAUCGUGAGCUUUGGCUACUCCCUGUAUGCAGGCUGGAUCGGUGCUGUCCUGUGCCUCGUGGGUGGCUGUGUCAUCGUCUGCUGCGCUGGAGAUGCCCAGGCGUUUGGUGAAAACCGUUUCUACUACUCUUCGGGCUCCAGCUCCCCAACCCAUGCCAAGAGUGCCCACGUAUAA